AUGAAUCAGCGAACAUCUGCUGCAGCUCGAACACCAGUCAGAUGUACAACACCGUUUGAAGUGGUAACUGGAGUAAGGCAAGGGGCAGUGGCAGAACCCUUCCUGAUCAAUUUCGCCAUCGACGACAUUAUGCGAAGAUCACUAGGUCAGUGUCCUGCCGAUAUCAUUUUAGCACCAUCAGGACGCCCCGUGACCGAUUUCGAGUACGCUGACGAUGUUGUUAUAUUCGCGAAAAGCAAUACGAAACUUCAGCAUGUUGUCAACCUUGUAUCGAAACUGACUGCAGCCUAUGGACUACGUCUACGCCCUGAUAAAUACAAGCAAAUGUGGAUCUCCUCGAAACCUCGAACGAGAAUCAGGGUGGACGGACAACUGAUAGAACUCGUCGAUGAGUUCUGUUAUUUGGGCUGUACGCUGAAGAACAACGGCAGCUACGAGAAAGAUAUCCAGCAAAGAUGCGCUAAGGCCGUUCUCAACUUCUUAACGAAAUGCUUGUGGUCGACCACCAUCAUCAACAAAGUCAAGUUACUUUUGGCCUAG